GGGCUGGGGCUGUCUAGACCUGGUGGAGGGCUCUGGGUAGGUGGAUUGUUACUCUGUUUCUAGCCAUUUGGGAGUUUCAAGAUGUCUCUUGAAGAAAUUCGGAAUUUUCUUGAUCCCUUCCCAGAUGAUGUUGCUCUGAAUCUGACUCUGGACCUCUCCUCCACUUCCAAUCGUCUUUCCUCUUCCUCAGUUUUUGUUCCUGACAUUUCUACCGAGACCAUGAACAGGACCAGUGACAUUGAGAACUCAGCAACCUCCAGUGUGCAACCAGAACUUCCUGGUCAUCCAUCCACCCUCCAAAUGGUGACCGAAGCGCUGAAGGCCAGGGGGGACAAACAUGGCACCUCUGUAGCGGCUAUUAAGUUCUAUAUUUGCCGAAAGUACCCAGCUAUCAAUAUGAGGAGAUUCAGAUACUUACUGAAACAAGCCCUGGCCAAGGGUAUUAGUGAUGGGGUGCUCGUGAGACCACGAAAUUCUACUGUUACUGGGGCCAGAGGAAAAUUCAAAUUAGUGUCCAAGAACAAAGCCAAGGCCAUGAAGACUAAGAAGUUAACAGUAGCUAUCAAACCCAGGAAAAAGAAGGCAACUAGGAGCAGUGAAGCUGGAAAUGUUUCUUUAGAAGCUUCGACCAAGAGGAAGGCCCCUGCAACCAAGAAGAAGGUACCUGAGGAGGCUUUGACCAAGAAGAAGGCCCCUGCAACCAAGAAGAAGGUUCCUGCAGCAGCUGUCACCAAGAAGACAGUUCCUGUGGAGACUUCGACCAAGAGGAAGACUCCUGCAACCAAGAAGAAGGUUCCUGCAGAAGCUCCAACCAAGAGGAAGACUCCUACAAAAGCUUCAACCAAAAGGAGGGUUUCUGCAACCAAGAAGGUUUUUGAGGAGGCUUUGACCAAGAGGAAGGCUCCUGCAACCAAGAAAAUGGUUCCUGCAGAAGCUCCAACCAAGAGGAAGACUCCUACAGAAGCUUCAACUAAAAGGAGGGUUUCUACAACCAAGAAGGUGCCUCAGGAGGCUUUGACCAAGAGGAAGGUUCUCACAACCAAGAAGAAGGAUCUUGUGGAGGCUUCAACCAAGAAGAAGGUUCCUAAGGAGGCUCAGAAAGAUACCAAAGUGGAAAUGGCCAAGGGGGACUCAAAACCAAAAGAUGCUAGUAGCAAAAAAGAUGUGGAAGAGGUGAGAGCCAAAGCCAGGGGCACCAAACCAAAGGCUGAAAUUCCCAAAGGCAAGAAAAAAGCUUCCAUUUCACCUAAGAAAGUGGCAGAGGAACAUAAAACAGAGAAAACCAAACUCCAGGAAGUCUCAGAAGCAAACCCCAAGGCCAGAAGGCAAAGGAGAUCAUCUAGUGUCCAUGAAAAAGAUGAAGAGGCAGCUGCUAUGUCCAAAGCUGGAGGGGCUGGGGGAGCUAAAGAGAUCGAGGAUGAACCAAAGACAGCUCCGCUGAAUAAGGGCAAGUUGGAUGUGGACAACAAACCUUCUACCUCCCAAUCUAAGGUGUCUAGGGAGUUGGACACAGCCAAAGAUGAACCCAAAAGCAAGGGAAAGAAAUCUGAGGCCUCGAAAGUAAUCAAGAAACCUGGGAAAAGCCCCCAAGAUCCUUCAUCCAAGCCAGCCAGCAAGAAGGCUAAGUAAAGCAUAAAAGGUUGAUUGACCCAGGACAGUUCUAACAAGGAACUUGAUUUUGAAAUAAUGGGCCUUCUUUUUUUCUUUUAAAGAAUUAGACAGAUACUGGUAUCUACCUCUUAAUAAAGUUGUGGGUUUUUUUUUUUUUUGCAUUAGCCAAUAUUAGGGUCAACUGUGUACAAGAGAUGAGGGUCUUGGUUGAAGCAUCAUGAGAAAGGAUGGAUGGAAGGAAGGAAGUUGAAUGGGUCAGUCCUAACCGGUCUCAUAGGCUCAACUCUUUGGAUGCUGGCUUGCCUUCCUCAUACCCUCAUUCUCUGCCCUCUGACUGGCUAAAAAAUCUGAGCACAAGCCUUGUCUGGAUGCUUUAACAGUUUCCCUGUGGCAUCUGCUAAUGUGAACAGAGAAGGUUGCCAGCUGGAUCAAGAGGCGAGAUGCUGUGAGUGUGGAUGGGCUGUGAGCCCAAAGGAAUGAGGCAGACAGAUUAGUGUUAAUUAGCAUCAGCUGAAUUAUGGCUUGCUUCACCUAAUGCUGGACUUCUGGGAAUGGUAGGGCUCACCCAUCUCCUCUUUGCUUCUUCCCAGGUACCCUGCCGUUGGAUUUCCUGAUGGGAAAAAUUCCAUUUAAAACCUUCUUUCCCAUACCCUGACGAAGUCCUCAUUUUAAGGCUACUGCUGACAUUGGCAGACCAUAGUUGGUCCAUCAGAUUGAGAGCUCCUUGAGAACAGGGACUGUCUUCUACAUUUCUUUGUUCCCCUAGGGCUUAGCAAAGUGCCUGGCACGCAGAAGUCACUUAAUAAACACUGGUGCCUAGUCUAUCUGCCUCCUUGAUAUUUGCUAUUAGUUUUGGCUAAUUAGCAACCAAUGGUGCUAAAUGCCAAGCACCAGAGAUACCAAGACAAAACAGUCCCUGACUUUAAGGAGCUCAUGAUCCAUGCAGGGGAGAGGGGCAAGACAACAUUUUCAUAGAUAAGUAAGUAAAAAGGUAAUUUGAGAAAGGCAGGAGGAAUAGUAGCAAGAGAAAUGAAAAAAAAGACUAGUAGCUGUGAAUUAAAUCUUUAAGGAAGCUUUUUAAAGAGUCAGAGAACAAGGAGAGAGGAGUAUGUGUUCAGGCAUGGGGGAAGGAGAGUCGUCCACAUUAAAUAAAUACAACUAAGCAGAAAAUAGUUUGAGGAAUGCCAAAGAGGCUAGUUUUUCUGGAAAGUAGAGUAUGUGUGUGGGAAUAAUCUAGAAAAGUAGGUUGGUGCUAGGCUUGAGGGAUUAAGGAGUUUCUAUUUUAUCACGGUGACACUAGGGAGUCAGAGUAGAUUCUUAAGUGGGAAUGAAAUAGUUAAACUUGUAAAGUAGGUCUUUCUUUUGGGCCAUACUAAAUGGAUUUAUAUGUAGCAGGAUUUUGGAGUCAACUGGUAGACUGUCUUCCUACAGUUGCAUCGAAAACAAGUAACAUAGUCUCUACUCCAGGUUGUAGGAGAAGUAGUCGGGAAAAGUCUUGGACUAACCUUGGUAAGACAGCAGGCUUUCCAGUGUCUUCUAAGCUAAUGUUUCUUAGCACAGGGCAGGACUGAAUUGCAUUUUCCCCAUUGAGGACCACAGGAUGCCUGAUAACACAUGUUUUUAGUAUCUAGAAAAGAAUACUAAAUUCAUCUGAAAAGUCAUAUGAUCUACCCUCAUCCCUUCUUGUAUACACUUACUCCACCUGGAAUGAUAGCUCACAGCCUUGUUCUGGAUGUGGAAGGCAGAGCUGAAAAAAAUCGAAGCAUUUAGUUUAAACUUAUCCAGUCCCUGAUUUCUAUAGGUGUGAAAACUCAACAGGAAGGGAGAUAGGAGAGAAAGACUACUUCAUGCAAAUAUGAUGUGAUUUGUAGAAAGAGUCCUGGGCUUAGAAUCAGAAUUUGAGUUCAUUUUAAAUCCCAACUCUUCCACUGACUACCUGCUUAAUCUUGGGCAACCCUGGGCCUCGAUUUCCUUCAUUUGUCAAAUGAAGGUGUUGGACUACAUGAAUGGUUUUUAAACAUUUUUGAUCUAAGGAUCCCUUUACACUCUUAAAAUCAAGAAUCUCCCUCCCCGUGUCAGAGGUUUUGCUUAUGUAGGUUAUAUCUAAUAUUUACCAUAAUUAGAAAUUAAAAUAUCUAAAUAAUAAUUAUAAAAUUGUUUUGACCUUGUGGACCCCCUGAAAGGGUCUCAGUGACUCUAAGGCCCCAGGCCAUACUUUGAAGACUUUUGGAUUAUGGAAUUCUUAAGAUUCCUUCCAGCUCAAAACCUAUAGAUACUAAAGAAACUUCUGUCAGCUGAAAUAUCCCCUGGUCUCUGAAUCAUAGGAUUUUUCCUCACUUAAAAACUUCUCAUGCUCCUAAAUAUUAGAAAUGAACUGAAAUAUUUUCUAUAAUCCUUUGCCAAUUUUCGCCCUUUAGCAAAAUCUAAAAUCUCAAUUAAAAAAACCUCCACAAGGUGAGAAUAUGGGUUAAAUCAGUUUUGUUAGGACUCUGGGAACUACUGAAAUCUAGAAAUUUCUUUUUCUUCUAUGUAUGUUCCUUCCUGGAAACAAUAGAGAAUUAAAGAUUUUUCAUUUUAAAUAAA